GCCACAAGCCGGCAGCGCUCAGUAAUACGCCUGGUACCGUUAAAUAUCAAUAAAAAUAACUUCAAAGUUAUUACAAUAUUAGUUUAUUCAUUAGUACUUAACGACUGUCACGAGUGCACGUUUAUUCAACCAUUAGAUAAUCCAAGCACACAAUUUCUUAUCAUGAUAAUAGACCUAUUUUAUUUCUCAGUGGCAAUGGUAACAAAUUAAAAAAAAAGAUUAUCAAUUUGAAAAAAGAACUGACAUGGAUUUCGUAUAGACUAAACUUGUAUUUUUAAAAAGUUUGAUUGAAACCUCUUUUGAGUGAGCGAAACAAAAUGGCCGGCGUUGUUGGCGGGAAAAAGGUCCAGCUGGAUGAUGUGCUGGAGAAGCUGGGGGCGUUCGGGAAGCACCAGGUGAUCACCAUGUGCAUGCUGGCACUGGUGUAUGCGACUAACUCCAUGUAUAAUGUCAACUACGUGUUCGCUGUGGAGGAUGUCAGCUAUAGGUGCGAGAUCUCAGAAUGCGAGGGAGCCAACUCGACUUUCUCCGUGGCAUGGCUGAACCAGUCCUCGCCUGACGAGGCCGAGGAAGGCACCAAGCAGUGCCGAAGAUACGCAACUAGUUCCCAGUGUGGUGUCUUCAACACCAGCCAUGUGGAAACCUGCAGUCGAUGGGUGUAUGAGACACCACACAGCUUCGUCGCUGAAUUCGGUCUCGCGUGUGAAGACUGGAAGGCCACGCUGGUGGGCACGGCGCACAGCUUCGGCAACAUGCUCGGGCUACUGCUCCAGGGUCAGAUCUCUGACAGGUUCGGCCGAAAGACGGCAGCGGUGUUCGCGGGCACUAUGGGAGCAGUACUAGGACUUACGAAGAGCUUUGCCACCUCCUUCUGGCUAUACGUGUUCCUUGAAGCCCUGGAGGCAGCUAUUGGAGACGCACUAUCGCCUAUGUUUAUGUUAAGUAUUGAAAUAGUGGAAAAGAAACGAGCAGUAUUAAUACAGAUGAUACUGCUAAACUGCUACACGGGCGGGCUUAUAGUGAUGCCAUUCAUAGCUUGGGCACUUCCGUACUGGCGGCACUUCUUGAGAGCCAUAUAUGCGCCCACUUUAAUAAUCCUCAGCUACUCUCUAUUCCUGGACGAGAGCAUCCGCUGGCUCUUCAGCAAAGGCAAAAGAGAAGAAGGGAUCAAGCUGAUAGAAAAAAUAGCAAAGAAAAACGGAGUCACAAUUGACAAAAUGACAUUGCACAGACUUGAAUAUACGAAUAAGGAUACAACUGAGAACUUUAGUGAUAAGGAAUUGUUGCUUAAGACUUUCAGGUCGAAGAUUAUGAUGCAGAGGUUUUUGGUCUGCAUGGUAUGGUGGUUCACGAUAACUCUGAUAAACUACGGCAUGAUGAUCAGCGCCGUGUUCAUCGACGGGAACAAAUACAUCAACUUUGCGCUGCUGAUGUUGAUGGACAUUCCGUCCAACAUAUUCUAUUGGCUGGCGCUGUCCAAGUACAAGAGGAAGAUACCGUUGGUGACGUCGUUCCUGAUCGGAGGAGUGUUCUGCGUAGUCCAACCUUUCGUGUCUAAAGGAUACGCGUGGCUCCGCCUGGCGCUGAUGCUAGCAUUCGAGACGCUGGCGACGUUCUCGUACAACAUCGUGUACAUGUACACGUCGGAGCUGUUCCCCACCUACACGCGCAACUCCGUGCACUCGCUCUGCUCCGCCGUCGGCCGCCUCGGGUCGCUGCUGGCGCCGCAGAUGCCGCUGCUGAUUUCGUAUUGGUCGGGUCUGCCGCCUCUGAUCUUCGGCGUGACGUCACUCGCGUCCGGAGCACUUGCGCUGUUACUACCUGAAACUGCGCGCACACCGCUACCUGAUACUGUUGCUGACGCUGAAAGAAUCGGUAGACCACCUGUGCCUAGUGAUGACUAUCUACCACUAACACAGAUCAAUGAUGCUAAGAACAAUUCGAAAGACAAUGAGUGCAACGGGACUGAAUAAAACCAUUUCUUAUAGAGUUUAGUGACAAUAAAGUUGGACUCGAACGAAAUGCAAUCAGUACAACAUGGCGGAAUAACGAAGACGUGCUGUACCUAG